CCCUCCCCUAUAACAAGGGAGGGAGGCUGAACUAAUCGAGGAGCUGUUGGGAAUCCCUUGUGAUGUGGGGAAGAUUGAGGAGCAACCACGUAGGUGUUCAAUUGUGGACUCUGUCUGUUGAUCGCAACGUUGUGCACUGCUUGCAGUGCCACAAACCCCACGACCAUCUCUCUGUUCAUCUGGCCAGGGUGUGCAUGAAGAACUGCACACCUGAGGAAAGAGCAGCUGAAGUUCAGAGAGCCAAAGCUUCAAGCAGAGAGUGGGUCUGCAACAACAGGAGCUGGGACUUCAACCAGCUCUGUGUGCUCCUGCCUGACAGACGCUCUCGGGUCACCAUGGUCAAGGAGCUUCUUAGACGUGGUUUUUUCAUCACGAACCAGCCCCGGGACUCUGAGUCUGAGGGUGACCUGGAAGAAGAAGCUGCUGUUGCUGGUCCGUCUGAUCUUCCUCAAACCCGGGUCGUUAAAAGGUGGGCUCCUGCCAUAACAGACUGCCAGAAGAUUUUGCGAGUGGCAAAGUCAGACGUGCUCAGGAUCCAGAGGGACGUCCAGGUGGGCAGAGAGCUCUCCAGCACCCACAAGACGCUGUACCGUUACUACUGCGAGGCGCUGUUGGUGUUUGUCCACAUGCAGCGUCCACGAGCUGUGGAAGCCUUGACUGAUUCAGAGUGGGUGAACAGGACCGAGCUGGGUGACAGGGUUGUGAUUGGCGUACAAAGGGGCACAACCUCGAGUAUGCAGAUCGCUCUGACCCAAGAAGAGCAAGCUUGCUUGGAGCUGUACUUCACCACCAUCAGGCCUGAGAGCGUUCAGUCUGAAAAGCUUUGCAAGACCUUCUUUGUCUCGUCGUCCGGCGUGGAUGUUCACAGUGUCUCACGGGACAUGAAUCGGUUCCAUAAAUUGUACAAGCUGGCUCCUUUCUCUUCCCAGUGUGUGCGAGGGGCUGUUGAGGCGGCUGCAGAAAAGCUCCCGGUGCAACAACAGGGAGCAUUGCAGCAUUACCUGGGCCUCAGCGCUGGUGCAUUUCAGCCUCAGGAUGUCGUCGACGCAGCUCUGCUGCUUGAGUCAUUGUCCAGGACUUCCGUGGAUGAGACAUCUUUGACCUCCAGCGGUACAGCACAGAAGGACUUUAUUGAGUUUGUGGCCAGAUUUCCUGUUUCCAUCGAGGGUCAGCCACCAUCCAAGAAGAAGCGGGUCGAAUCUGGUUUUCCAGAUGACCGCGUUUUUUAUGACAAGUGGAGGAUCACCCAGUAUGCCCAGAGACAGGAAUAUCUGCUGUCACAUUUCACAGUCCGCAAGCCUUCGGCUGCAAAGGUGGCACGGCUUAUCAUGCAGGAGGGCUGGAAGGUCAACUGUCCUAAGCCAGAGGACAUCGAACGGCUGUGGGUGCCACCUUCGAAGGUAGCAGUUGAAGAUGACAAGUUCAUCCUCAGCUGUGUUUCUCAGCAGACCUGGUCAGGCCUGGCCAUCAAAGACUUCGGUGCCAAGCAAGGUUUAGGAGUCGUUGCGACCCGGCAGUUCUCCAUGCACGACAUUGUCUGUGACUACCAUGGCAGGGUCAUCUCAGGUGCUGAAGGGAGGGCCAAGAUGGAAGGACUGAAUGACCGGGUACCUGUUUUUCUUCAAGGCUGGACAGAGAGACCUGUGCGUGGAUGCCCAGACCUUCCCCUGUGAGUGCCACCCUGCUACAGACACUGUGGGCAGGCGGAUUAAUCACUCUAUGAGGGCGCCUAACCUGAAGCCCUUUCACUGCAGGCUGCGUGUGAAUGG